GCUUGACAUGCCGGAGCCGGACUGCAGCCCGCAGCGCGCGCACACGCCCUUUUGCCGGCUUUUAGGCCUCCCAAAAGCCCUCCCUAUUUAGGCACGCGCCCCAUGCCAUCCCUCCUCACUCUCACUAGUGUCUUUCAGUAACUCUCUUUUCUCUCUCUCUCUCUCUCUCUCUAUACCCCACCCAUGGAAACGGCCGAACUGCAGGAGAGGCAGCAUGCCUGGCGGUGGCCUCUGGACGCCAUGGCCUGCAGCAGCGGCAGGUGUUGCCUUCAGCUCGAGUGGGAUCCGCAGCUGAUCAGGUACUUCGGCGGCCUAGGCGUGCUGGGCGUCGGCGGCGGCGGUAAUCCUGACGAUCAUGGUGCCAUCGAGCACGAGCUCGGGCUCUUCUUCCCCAAGUGCAUGGAGUUGCCGGGUUCUUCAGAGCCGCCGCUGGACGAUGUGAUGGAGUGGUCCGGGGAGCAGUUGGAAGAACUGAUCCGAAAUUUCCCCAUCCUAGACGAGGAUCUGGUAGGCUUCGAUCCCAGCUGCUUUCUCGAGGAUACAAGCACCGCUGCUGAUGCUUCUUUCCUGUGCAAGAAUUCGAAUGCAGGGGUUGACGGUCUUCUGGCCCCGAGCUCUGCCACACCGGUGGAGCCGCCCACAUUGCCGGUGGCGCAGCCGGAGCAGCCUCCCCUCAGCUCGACCACGUCCAAUCGCCACGGCGACCAACAGCGCCAGAUCACUAGCGCCAACUGUUCUUCCAAACGCUCGACGCCACAAGAAAAGCAGGAUGGAGGGAGCGGCAAGAGGCGCAGGAAGUCAGGGCUUACGGUGGUGCGCCCGUUCUCGGUGGUGAAGCCCGGCCCCCGCGGGGUGGACGGCGUCGAGACGCUGGCCGACAUCAACGAGCGGAUCCUGACGCCGUCGGCGAGGCCCGUCCGGCACCCCGUGGGGGAGUUCGCGUGCGCCCCGCGCGCGUCGGCGGGCGGCGACCGGCCGGCCCCGUCCGGCAAGGCAGUCACCGGUUUCACCAGGUUGCACACCGCCCGGAAGGGCACGAUCACCGUCAUAAGGUCAUCUGGAUAAACAUCCGACUGUGUGUGCGAUGAGCACCAUAAGUUCGUCUUGCUGGAUCAUGUAGAUGCUGCCUUGCUCAUGUCUAGAUUAAAUAAUAAUAAUGACCAAUGAUCAAUCGUACUGCGAAAUAAAAUGCAUGGCGCGAGGCUGUAUGAACUGAGAGACCGGUGUGCGCAUGCGAUUCUCGAUGGGAAUUGGCAAAGGACGAGGAAUUUGAAAUAGUAUGAGUCUUUUAAAGCAAAAUAAAGAUCGUUGCAGGGGUAGCUUUUGCUCUGGAGCUUGAUGAAUUGAUCGGGGGCACCUUUGGAUC